GCUUUUUAUAAUUUAUUAUAACUAAAGAAAUGGGUUUGGCCUUAGAAAAGUGUUGUUGUUUUAUACCUUUGAGACUAGGUACCUUCUUCAUUGCUAUCUGGUUCUGUGCUGUUUAUUUGCUCUAUACAGCAAGCGGAUUUUUGGCAUUUAAUCCGAUUGUGGUUUAUUCAGGUCAAGUGGCAAGACCAUGGUAUUAUAUCAAUCUUUUGUUCUCUGUGUUUAUAUGUAUUGGUGGUUUAUGUGGUAUUAUUGGAUCGACUUUUGCUUCACGACGAUUCUCUAAAGCAUUCAGUAUCAUUGCCUGGAUCAAUGUUGCCUUAUCUAUUCUUAUCUAUGUUAUUUCACUCGCAUUAAUCUGUGUUCAUAGACAAGAUGUAAUUGAUUCUUGUAGAGUAGUUGGAUUUGUUAGUAUUAACAACAGUCGACAUGAAAUGACAGUAUCCAAACCCAGCGAUCAAACAUAUUACUCGCCUGUUCAUUAUACUGGUUUAUUGACAGAACACGCUGCAACUGAAGCGCAAUGCAGUGCAAUGACAAAGACAUUUAUUAUUGCAUUUGGUGUAGUUGUUUUUAUUGUCCAAUUGAUUCAAAUCUAUUUUGCUUCUGUUGUCGGUGCUUAUGCUGCUCGACUUCGUAGUGGUGCUCGUCAUCAUCGUCUUCAUGACCAACAAAUCAAAGACUUUGAAGAAUCUCGAUUCCAUAUGUCUACCGUAUAUUAAUUCUUUUUCUUCAUAUUGUACAUUUAAGCAUACACAUAAUAAACGUUGAAUAGCAUAUUCAUGCAUGUAAAUA